UUUAACUUGAUGUUGGCGCUGUGGAUGUAGGGGAGGAGGGAGCUGUAGCUAUUUAAAGAGGGCCGUCCAGUCACGGAUAAAUAGCAUAAGGUCCACAGCGUUGACUAACCGCCUCUAAAUGGUUUUCAUCCUGCACUGUGUGUCUGUUUGUGGCUUCUUAUUGUUUAUUUGUCCAGACUGAGGCUGCUUUACUGCUGUGACAACCAUCCGUCGACCAUCAGUCCAGUCUGCCAGCUCCCCCUCCUUUUUUUUAUAUUUUUUUGCUAUUUUAUUCUUCAUUAUCGGGGAUAGCCUACGUGAAAAUGGGCAAAGAUUACUAUAAAACGUUGGGUAUCUCUAAAGGAGCCACAGACGAGGAUAUUAAGAAAGCCUACAGAAAACAAGCGUUGAAAUGGCACCCGGACAAAAAUAAGUCUGCAGCCGCCGAGGAGAAAUUUAAGGAAAUCGCUGAGGCAUAUGAAGUCCUCAGUGAUCCGAAGAAAAGAGAAGUUUAUGAUCAGUAUGGAGAAGAAGGUCUCAAGGGAGGAAAUGGGCCUACUGGUGAUGGACCAGGCAACACCUUCACCUACACCUUCCACGGUGACCCUCACGCCACAUUUGCCACUUUCUUUGGGGGGUCGAAUCCCUUCGAAAUGUUCUUUGGGCGUAAAGCCAAUGGCCGAGACGAUGACGACAUGGAGGUGGAUGGAAACGACCCCUUUGGGUCCUUCACCAACUUCAACCUGAACGGAUUCCCUCGGGACGGGCAUGUUGGCCCUGGAGGGCAGCAGCGGCGGAAGCAGGACCCGGCCAUCAUCCACGAACUGAGGGUUUCUCUAGAGGAGGUCUUCCAUGGCUGCACCAAGAGGAUGAAAAUCUCUCGCAAAAGGCUAAAUCCAGACGGCAGGACCAUGCGCAAUGAGGAUAAAAUUCUCACUAUCGAGAUCAAGCGGGGCUGGAAAGAGGGAACCAAGAUCACGUUCCCGCGGGAGGGAGACGAGUCGUCCAAUACCAUUCCUGCUGACAUUGUUUUCGUCAUCAAGGACAAGCCACACCCUCACUUUAGGCGGGAGGGCUCAAACAUUGUGUAUCCUGUGCGUGUAAGCUUACGACAGUCAUUGUGCGGAUGCUCAGUUACCGUGUCGACGAUAGAUGGGAAGACGUGCAACAUGAAGAUCACGGAUGUCAUCAAGCCUGGCAUGAGACAGACUGUCGCCGGACAGGGUCUCCCCUUACCCAAAAACCCAGAACAGAGAGGAGACCUGGUGGUGGAGUUUGACGUUAACUUUCCUGAGACGUUGCCUGGUAACGCCAAGGAUGUCCUGAAACGGCAUUUGCCUGCGUAGGACGAAGGACGCGGACUGAACGAUGAGAGAUAACCGCAUGACAACGCUCGCCCUUGUUACCCUUGUCUCUCUCUCUCUCUCCACACCACACACACACACACACACACACACACACACACACACACCACACACACACACACACACACACAAAAGAGAACAGUUCUGACAGUUCACAGAUGGACCCCCUACGACGAAUGUGCAAUUUCUAUUUUUGAGCUAUAUGGUGUUUUUAUAAAGACCAUGCAUGCUGCCAAGUUGAUAUAAGUGCAAGUGAAAGACUGUCCGGGUUGUUGAUAUCUAAAAAAGAAACACAUUUUAUGUAUGUGGGUCUUUGCCACAAUCACUUUAUCUUUUUGUUUGAAAUAUUUGGCAGUGAGUGAGUCUACAGUUGCCACACAAAAAAUCCCAGUGAUCCUUGGAAAUAUUGCAGUGUAGUACAUUUUCUUGCUCUCAUUUAGAUCUGACAGGCUUUAUUACUGAUAUUUUGUAACUGUCAGUGUUUAUUUUGUCACGUAGAAAUACAACCUCAAUGUGCAGGCUGUGUUAAAAUCUGUGUACAUGUUAUUCAAGAGAAAUGUGGUUGAAUGAACUGGAUCAUCAUGUGUGCAUUUUAGAAACUGACGUGUGAAGAUAUUGAACUUGAAUUUUAAAAUAAAUCUUUACACCUGAA